AUGAAAAACGCCACGCAUGUGACCGGCUCUCAGCUAAAGACCAGGAGUAGCGACGGAAGUCAGAAACUCCACACCGUGGAAAGCCUUCAAGAAAGGCUUCUCGUCUUUUCGGCUGCGGAUGAGCAUGGAAUCCAGCGUCUAGUAAAGACGUACGAGUCAUAUUUUCAAAAGCUUGAGAAUGCAGAGGCAUAUGAGACAGUCCUUGACGAUCUAUGCUACACGCUUUGUGCGCGCCGGAGCUCCUUGGCUUGGAAAUCGUAUGCCGUGGUGAACUCAUUUGACUCAUUAAAAGCCUUGGGCACUAUCCUUUCAACGCCUACUGUUUCGAGAGGAAACGCGAAGACUGUGUUCGUCUUCACCGGCCAGGGCGCUCAAUACCGGAACAUGGGUCAAAGCCUCAUCUCAAAUCCCGUGUUUCGGGCAACCAUCGAGCAAUUCGAUGAACAGCUUUCCCAUCUGGGAUGCGCAUGGUCUGUUUGGGACGUCUUGGAAGGGGUCGAUUCGUCCAUUGCUAUCGAUGACCCCGAAGUGAGUCAAACAUCCACGACUGCGUUACAAAUCGCGCUGUACAAUCUUUUGCAAGCGCUCGGCGUCCAUCCCUCAUUAGUUGUCGGACAUUCCUCCGGCGAGAUCGCUGCAGCUUACGCUUCAGGCGCAUUGAGCCUGAGUUCCGCCUGCAAAGUUUCAUACUACCGCGGCAAAUGUGUGAGUUCUCUAAAGCUUGCAAAGGAUCAGGUGUCUGGUGCAAUGAUGUCUGUCGAUCUGCCAGAGGCAGAAAUGCAAAAGGCGAUCAGCCAAUUCAUGGCGAGCCAACCAUCACGGGGCAUGCUUUACAUCGCUUGUGUCAACAGCCCGUCCAAUGUGACGAUCUCGGGUGACAAGGAAUCAAUCGACGCAAUCCAACUCACAUUAAUCGCUGGGAAGAUCCGCACGCGCAAGCUCAACACCGGUGUGGCAUACCACUCACCGCACAUGAAUGCGAUCGGGCAACAAUAUGCAAAGAACCUCAGUUGUCUCGGAAGAGAGAAGCCCGGGGAAGGUAACAAGAGGCCGAUUAUGGUGACUUCGGUUUCUGGAGAAUAUGUCUUCGAUUCAAGUCUAGUGUGCACCCCGGCAUAUUGGGUUGCAAACUUAUUGUCUCCCGUGCAGUUCUUCAAGGCCAUGGCCGUCAUCUCAUCAGAGAUGGACAAGAAAAGGACACGAAGACUGGGCGAAGCAAAACUUGAUAUCCAGGACAUAGUCGAGAUUGGUCCGCAUUCAGCUCUUCGCCGGCCCAUCCUUGAUUGCCUGAAACACUACGGAGUCCCUCAAGCGGAGUCCCGAUAUCAUUCGGUUUUGUUCCGUGGAAGUCCUGCCAUAAAAUGCAUUAUGGAUCUCAUUGGAAGACUACACUGUCGAGGAUAUCCUGUCAAGACUCAAAAGGCCAACGAGCUGAGAACCGAGGCCUCUGGGAGUGCACGGCUUCUCACUGAUCUACCAUAUUACCCAUUCAACCACUCAAAGACCUAUUGGCACGAAUCGCUCAUCAGCAGGAACACUCGUCUCAGAAAUGGUGUUGCCAUACAUGAACUUUUGGGAGUUCCAGUUCCAGAUUGGAACCCACUGGAACCUCGCUGGCGCAAGUUCUUCGAUCUGAACGAGAUGCCAUGGGUGGGCGGCCAUCGAGUCAACGGCAGAAUCAUCUAUCCUGCGGCCGGCAUGGUCACGAUGGCUCUCCAAGGCGCAGAGCAGGUUGCUGAUCGCAACAGAUGCAUCGCGGCGUUCCAAAUCCGGGAUGCUGUAUUCACUGCACCCAUCACUAUUAGCAAGACUGAGAAGUGUGAAGUGCAACUGCACAUGCGCCUUGAUCGGGCACAUUCCGAACAUCAUGCUACUUCACUGGACUUCCGUGUCUAUUCCAUGAGUGAAACAGGAUGGUUCCUGAACUGCAGUGGCAGUGUUCAAGUUGUCUAUCAGCGAGAUGACGAGGAUGCUUCCAACACGUCAACACUCCAGAAAGAACAACAGUUCUAUCGAAAAAGGUAUUCCGAGGCCGUGAAAAGAUCCACUCUUCAAGUAUCGACAAAGAAGUUGUAUGAACAGCUCAGAUCAAAUGGCAUGCAAUACGAUAACGCCUUCCAGCCCCUCAGCGAUCUAGCCUGGGAUGGUGCACAUACGGCCAUUGGUACUGUGAAGUGUUUCAAAUCGGACAGCGAGCUCUCUGAGCAUGAUCUCCAGCCGCACAUAAUGCACCCUACUGUGCUAGACGGUGCAGGACAGCUACCAUGGCUAUGUCUCACCGAAGGUGCUGAGAAGGCUGUCUUCAAUGGCUUUGCAGUUACUCGGAUUCGGGAAGCAUGGAUCGCGAGCUCAGGACUGUCGUAUCCAGAUUCCUCGUACAUCAAUGCAUGUUGUACAACAGCCCUCAAGGGUCUCCGUGGAUCGGAUACUUCCAUUUUUGCGUUGGACGCGAACGGGAGACUGGUUCUUCGCGUCUCUCACAUUGAAACAACUGCUGUCGGAGGAAAUGAAACGGCAUCUCUCGUCCACAGCCCGAGGAGAAUCGCUUACAAGACGAGCUACCAGCCAGACCUUGGAAUGCUGGAUGCUGCGCAAAUGCAGGAUCUUGUCAACGAAGGCCUCGAACCCGAAUCACCGCCUAUAUCUUUCUAUGAAGACCUUGACCUGGCCCUCUUCUACUUCAUUCUCCGAGCGUUGGACUAUAUCGAGACAAUGGACAUCCGCGUCGAUGACAUGGGAUCUAACAUUGUCAAAUAUCUAUCCUGGCUCAGAAGGCAAGUUGAAAAGUACUAUAGCGGCGAAAUUCCUCAUAGUCGACCUGAUUGGAUUGAACGUACUGAGGACUCGGGGGCGAUGGAAGGUCUGCUGGAACGCUUGGCGGCCAUGAAACCUGAAGGGGAAUUCUUCAUUCAUGUUGGAAGGAGUUUACACCCCAUCAUCCACGGCCUCACCGACCCUCUUGAGGUCAUCUUCCAGAACGAACUGGCUGAGAGGUUCUACGAGGCCACUUGUGACAAAUCUAUGUGUUGCAAGCAACUCAAGAACUACUUGGGGGCUCUUUGCCACGGGAAUCCACAGCUUAAGGUCCUCGAGGUUGGAGCCGGGACCGGUUCCAUCACAAAACAUUUGUUGCAGGGUCUCCAAAACCGAUUCGCGCGCUACGACUACACGGACAUCUCUGGAUCGUUCUUCGAGCAGGCUAAAGGGAAGUUCGCUGGUCUAAAAAAUAUGACCUACAAAGUGCUCGACAUCGAGAAGGACCCCUCUGAGCAAGGCUUUGAGCUUCACAGCUACGACGUUGUGGUCGCCGCUUCGGUAUUCCACGCGACUCGAGAUCUCGCGGCUACAAUAUUCAAUGCCCACAGCCUACUCAAGUCUGGAGGUAAAUUGAUCUUAUUGGAGAUCACGGAGCCGGCUCUCCUGCGGAACACCUUCGCUUUCGGCACCCUCCCCGGCUGGUGGCUCAGUACUGAGCCCGAGCGUCAAUUGAGUCCAUGUCUUACCGAAGCGCAGUGGAGAGAAGCGCUUGCGGGUAAUGGGUUCAACGGAGUUGAUCUCUUUCUUCCUGACUACGAAAGCGACAUAUGCCAUGAAAAUAGCAUUUUGAUCGCCACAGCUGCUCAGGAGAGUAUCCCAGGCGAUAGGGGUGCAACGACUGGACUUCCGACUUAUUUCACUAUCGUCAUUUCUCCUAAUUCGUCUUUCCAACGAGACGUGGCCUCCGGGGUCCAGGCGGAGAUCGAGAAUCAGGGACUUGGCUCAUGCUCGAUAAUAUCCAUCGAAGAUCCCGGCUUGGUCAACCUAGCCCACACGGUCAUGAUCAUUUUGGCUGAGAUCGACCAGCCUUUUCUUGCGAGCUUGGACCAGUCCUCUUUUAAUUUUCUGCAAGCUAUCCUUACCAAAGUGCAGAAGAUCCUCUGGGUUACAUCUUCCGCUGUUUCUUCUCCUACGUUCCCGGAAGUACAGAUGGUUCUCGGUCUUGCUCGGGUCCUCUUCGUUGAGAAACCUAGUCUUCAAUUCGUUACCCUCAGCUUCAGCAGUCCUGCACAUGAUAUGGAACUUUUCGUCCGGUGCAUCAGCCAAGUGACCUCGGAUACAGUUGCAAAGUUGUCGUGCUCUGGCCGCGACCUGGAGUACGUGGAGCGAGACGGCACCUUAUUGAUCGGCAGAGUCGUGGAUUCGGAUGAACUCAACGAAAGAGUCUGCGACAAAACCCAAACUAUCGGCAGGCGGCUGGCUCUUUCAGACAGCCCUCCAUUGAAACUUUCAAUAGCUAAUUCAGGGCUUUUGGAUUCCAUUCGCUGGGAGGCAGACCCACAAUAUCACACUGAUCUGGAUCCCAAUGAAAUUGAGAUCAAGGUUCAGGCAGUCGGAGUCAACUUCCGCGACCUGCUUGUCGUGCUGGGCAAAUACAGCGAAAGCACUGUUGGCUGUGAAUGUGCUGGUAUUGUGACCAGGAUCGGAGCGCAUUGCAAUGCUCUCAAACCCGGGGAUCGCGUGUGUGCUUUUGUCAUCGGCUGCAGCAAUACCCAUGCUCGCUGCAACUAUCAGCUGGCGGUCGAAAUUCCCGACUCCCUUUCCAUGGCCGAAGCUGCAUCACUCCCUUGCACCGGUGUGACGGCCUAUCACUCCCUCAUAUCAUUGGCACAUAUAAGCAGUGAAGAUUCAAUCUUGAUUCAUAGCGCAACUGGUGCUACUGGGCAGAUGGCAGUACAGAUUGCGGUAGCCGUCGGAUCUGAGAUCUUUGUUACGGUCGGCAAUGAGGAGAAGAGACGACUCAUCGAGCAACUCUACGGGAUCCCCGACGACCAUAUCUUCAACAGCAGGGACACAAGUUUUGCGAGUGACAUAUACUACGCCACCAAAGGAAGGGGUGUUGAUAUCGUGCUCAACUCGUUGUCCAAAGAUUUGCUACUUGCAUCUUGGGAAUGUAUUGCCCCUUUUGGUCGCUUCGUCGAACUGGGCAAAAUGGACAUCGAGGAAAAUUCGAAGUUACCGAUGUCACGAUUCUCCAAAAAUGUCACAUUCCAUGCUGUCGCUAUAGACCACCUCUCGUUCCAAAAGCCCCAGGUUGUCGGCAGGGCAUUGCAGUCUGUCCUGGACAUGAUCGUGCAUGGCUCGAUGAGAAUCGCUUCGCCUCUGCAACAAUAUCCAGUCUCGGACCUUGAAAGCGCUUUCAGAUUUAUGCAAUCUGGAAAGAAUACCGGGAAGAUUAUAUUGACGUUCAGUCCCUCCGAUAUCGUGCGCACGUGGCUGAGCCCCAAACACUCCUGUUCAUUAGAUCCAGACGUGACCUAUCUCAUCGCUGGCGGCCUGGGAGGCCUAGGGCCGAAAUCGACACCAGCUUACGCUCUUCUUGAUGAGCUAAAGAAGGCUGGAUGUAUAGUGCGAACGCCGAGGUGUGACAUAUCAGAUACAUCAUCACUUACAUCCGCGCUGGCCAUGUGCUCCGACCUUCCUCCCAUCAAGGGAUGUUUACAAGCUACGAUGGUGCUUAAGGAUACAUUGUUCGAAUCGAUGACGUGGGAUCAGUGGUCCAUUUCUACCCGCUCCAAAGUGAACAGCACGUGGAACCUCCACAGACAGCUUCCACAGGGUCUCUCGUUCUUUGUUAUGCUCGCAUCCGUGGCUGGUGUUGCUGGCUCCAUCGGCCAAUCGAAUUACGCAGCCGGGAACACGUUCCAAGACGGAUUUGCCGCUCACCGGGUAGCACUCGGGGAGAGAGCCGUCUCAAUCGACCUCGGCUGGAUGCGAGAUAUUGGCGCCGUGGCAGAGAACGCCGACCUGAAAAAGUUUAAAGAGGACACGGCGGAUAUGGCAUCCAUAUACGAGAACGAGUUCCUCGCAUUGUUAGAUUUCUACUGCGACCCAGAGCUACCAGUCCUCGCGCCACAACAAGCGCAGCCCGUCAUUGGACUCAUGACGCCGGCCCAGUUCCGUACAAAUGGAAUGAAGCCCCCAGACUGGUUGGUCCAGCGUCCCCUGUUCUGGGGUUUAGAACAGGAAGCUAAGGAACAAGACGGCGUCGGUGGAGCCUUGGAAAUCACGAACGAUCGUGAUUGGGUUGCCGAAUUACUUCAUUCUGCCUCCCGUGAGGAAGCGAUCCACAUAGUUGCGGAGGCUCUGGUGCAGAGAUUGUCGAACGCCACGUCCAUUCCUGCCGCGGAGAUCGAUCGCACGCGACCACUUCACGCGUACGGGGUUGACUCCUUGCUUGCUGUCGAGCUGAGGAACUGGUUCAGCCAGUUAUUCAAGGCGGAUGUGGCCGUUUUUGACAUUACUGGCCAGGCAAGCUUGGAUAAAGUCGCGGAGAGGGCUGCGGGGUCUAGUUCACUGCUUAAGAAGGUUGACAAGUGA